CAAACAUUAACUACAAUUCUGUUCAUUUUUCCUAUUGCUAUUCGAGGAUACAAGUUUGACAUGCACGAGUAAUUGUUUAUACAAGAACUGAACAUUAAAAUGUCGCAAACAUUUUUAGCAUUUGGUGGGCACAGAUCAACAUAUAAAUGUAUCCGACAAUGUUAUAUGCCAUAUUUAUAUAAAAAUAUAAUUAAAAAUAUAAAUGUACAUAGUGCAAUGCAAUAUUGCAUUUCUAUGAAAGAGGAGGAUGUACAUUUAACUAAGGUAAAAGAUUUUAAAUUUAAAGAUGCAACAAAUACAAACAAUUUAGAUAUAAAUACCAGAUUAACAAAAGUAGAAGAGCAAAAUAUCGAUGAAUUAUCUCAUGAUGUGCACAAUGAGGAAAAAAUUAAUAGAUUUUCAUCAAAUAAGACGUUUAGGGAGGAUAUUGUAGUAUCUAAAAGAAUAGAGCGUUUGUAUCAGCAACCGAAGACUUCUCUACUGGAAAUCUACAAAAUAGUGUGUCAAGAACUAAAUGACCAAACAGUUUUAACUUCGAGCUGUAAACAAGAUUCUGUUUCAGAACUAUGGGAAUUUACUUAUAAUGUCAAAUGGCCAAACACUAUGUCUUUCAAGGGAGCCAGUAUAAAAAAGUCAACGGCUUGCAAGAACGCAGCUUUGAAGUGUUUAGAGUGGCUAGAAGUAAAUCGCAAGUUAAAAUUUGGCAAACCGUUGGUGUAUACUAAACAACAAAUCCAGCAAAUACAAGAGAAGCCCUGCGAGUUAAGCGUAGCUACUGAAAUUUUAGACAACAUGGAGAAGUUGGUCGAGAUUUACAGGACGAAAAUUGAUAUUCAAAGAACGGACAAUUCUUUUAUACCCAACAUAUACACAACCAUACUCGACUGCGAUGCUUUUGGAUAUCCUAGCAAAUAUAUUGCAAACAUUAACCUUCGUAAUCGGUUGUUGAGAAGUAGAUUAACGGAAAGACGCAUACGGCACGCUGAUCUACCGAUCUUCGAGUUUAGGGACAAAAUUCUUUCUAUGCUAGAGCGCAGUCAAAUUUUACUGAUAGAAGGGGAUACAGGAUGCGGCAAGAGCACCCAGGUCCCUCAAUUUAUACUGGACAGUUACGCGCACAAUGGGAACGCUACCGAUUGCAACAUCCUGGUGUCGCAGCCGCGCAAAAUCUCGGCGAUCUCGCUGGCGGAUCGCGUCGCGCACGAGAGGAACGAGAUCCUAGGCGACGUCGUCGGUUACCAAGUGAGACUGAAGAAUGAGACGCCGCAGGAACCCGGCAGGAUACUCUAUUGCACUACGGGCAUACUGCUAAGGAAGUUGCAGUGCACUCCCGGCUUAGAAGGAUGCUCGCACGUGAUCCUGGACGAGGCGCACGAGCGCUCCAUCGACACCGACGUGCUGAUGAACCUGCUGAGGAGGGCGGUCGAUCGAAAUCCCGAUUUGAAGGUUCUGAUCAUGUCGGCGACCAUAAACGCCCACCUGUUCCAAGAAUACUUCAAUUGCCCCGCCAUCAAGGUGCCCGGCAGACUGUAUCCCGUGGAGAUGAACUUCAUGGAGGAUAUCGAGAACCUGCCGGACUUACAAAAGUAUAAACCGUACUUGAAUAUUAACUACCACGACGAAAAUAGCGAAUCCCUCUUCGUCAAUUACGUGAAGAUAGUGCAGAUCAUCAAGUGGAUCUCCGAGAAUAAGCCACAAGGUGCUGUCUUGUGCUUCCUGCCGGGAUGGGCUGAGAUUGUACAGGUGCAGAAAAUGUUGGAGGACGACCCGAUCUUUCCGCAAAAACAGCUGCUCUUGCCGAUUCACUCCAAAGAGUCGCACGAGGCGCAGCGGAUGAUUUUUCAGGAGGUGCCCGACGACACGCGCAAGAUUAUCUUGGCCACGGAUAUCGCCGAGACUGGCAUCACGGUGUCCGACGUGUGUUACGUCGUGGACUCGGCCAUACAUAGAGAUGUGCGAUGGGACGAUACGAAAGAUCAGCUUUGUUUGAGCAACCAUUGGGUCUCCCAGGCGAAUAUUCAACAGAGGAAAGGGAGAGCUGGCCGAGUCAGACCAGGCGUGAGUUAUCAUAUGAUCAAAAGAACGGAAUACGACAAGUUACAGGAAUAUCCAAUUGCCCGAGUGCUGUCCACUUCUUUGGAGAAGACAAUUCUUGAGAUUAAAUCGUAUACGGACGAAAAGGCGGAGGUCUUUCUAAGCGGUCUACUGGAGCCGCCCUCUCCGAGCAGAAUACAGAAAGGGGUGAACUAUCUGAUAGACCUCGGAGUCUUUGACGAGGAGGAAAAUCUCACAGCCUUGGGCAAACGAAUGAUAGCAUUCCCGACGCAUCCCAAGUUCAGCAAAGCGUUGGUAUAUUCCGCUAUUUUCAACUGCGUACAUCCCGUUGUGUCUAUAGUCAGCGUCUUCUCCGGCGAGGACAGCCCUUUCCAAGAUGUACUGGGCGAGAAAUCUAAGCUCAGGAAAAAUAAAGCGUUGUAUCAUCCGAUGAGCGACCAUGUCGCGAUAUCGUGGAUCUUCAAAUCGUGGUACACAUACAAUUCGUAUAAAUUACGUUCAGCGAUAAAAUUCUGCAGAAAGAUUAAUCUCCGGCAUAGGAAAAUGGAAACGUUGACCGUAUUACGGCAGAUGUUUAUUCAACAAAUGAUCGGAUGUCGCCUGUUGAGGAAAGAUGACACGCACGCGUACGACAAUCCCAGGGAUGCGGCGAACAAGUACGAGAACAAAGACGAGCUAGUUAGCGCUAUAUUGUACGCUGCUACGCAACAGUUGAUCGAACACACGAAUGUAGGAUUUAAGAAAGGAAUCCUGAGAACGAACUCGAACGAUCUGCGAAUACGAGGUAAAUUUAAAGCCAUGAUUUCGGGGGAAAGCGUGAAUUACAAGCGCAAGGUUUGGCCGAGCCAGUACUUGACGUAUUUUCGCGGCGAGCACUGCGACACGAAGCAUCGGACAGUGAUCCGCGAAUCGAGCAUGGUGUCACCUCUAACGGUGUUACUUUUUAAUCAAAAGGAAAUCCAACGUCACGAGCGAGACGACAGGACAGAAAUGCAAAUUAACGUCGACGAACAGCAUACGUUAAAUUUCACUUGCGACAAAAGAACCGCCGAUGUGCUCUUAAAAUUCAGAGACGUCAUGUGGUCUGUAGUACAGUGUUCAUUGGAGCAGGGCGAGGUAGAAGAUUACGGAACGAGACUAAUAACAGAGUACAAAGAUCAAUUACUCCAGACGCUCGUAAAGGCUCUGGACGCGUCGUCCGCAUAUACAUACGACACACAAGCCACCAAAGAUAAUAACGAUAAUGACAAAGCCAGUAUGUAACGAACGUCGUUGUCUAAUAAUAAUUCUGAUAUUUCACAUGA